AUGGCGCCAAAAACCAGAACAAAUAAAAAACAUAAUAACGAAGAAAAAGAUUUAACUUCAAGCGAUUCCAGCGACAACGAAACUUCUUCUGUCAACUUAACUACAAUAAUAGAUAAGCUAAACAAAGAGUUUAAAGUGCAGGAGAGGGCGUUGAAAAAAAUAAGAGAGUCCCAAGACCACAUAAGUGAUGGCUUUAAUGCACUUAAGAAAGAGAUCGAUCGAUUAACAGAAGAAAAUAAACAAAUUAAAAAAGAAAUGAAAGAGAUUAAAACGAAUGGAGAAAAUGUGAAACUGAAAAUGAAAACAUUAGAACACAUAGACUUAAAACCGGUCAUCAUGAAAAUUGCCGAGCAAGUUAAUGCCAACAUAAGCAAUGAUAGCAUUGUAGAUGUGUUUCAAAAUGAAAACAAGAAAUUUAGAACACAUCCCAUAAUUGUGAAAAUGAAAUGCGAUGAGUUAAAAACCAAAUGCUUUGAAUUUAGAAAGAAAGGUGGGCAGAUAGAUGUAAGCAAAAUACUUACCGAUAUUGAUAUGAAAGGAAAACAUGUAAACUUUCAUCAGCUGAUGGAGAAAGAGCUUAGCGAUCUCAUGAAGAAGGUGAAAUCAGAAGCAAACAAAAAAAGCUACAAAUACGUGUGGGUGAAGGAUGCGAAAGUCUUUGUAAGAAAAGACAACAACACUGCUGCUAUACUAAUUAAAGAAAUUGAUGAUAUGAGAAAACUUGAGUAA